AUGGCAGCCGCCGUCAUUUUGCGACAGUACGAAGAGAUUGAAGAGGAGGAGGAAGAGGAGGAGUUUGACAGUAGCGCUGGAGUUCGUGGCCAACAGCCUGUUAACUUCCUUGCCAUCAUACAAGCCAUCAUAGAGACCACUGUGUCAAGACCCACGCAUCAUGGCUUUGCCAAUGCUGUAUUCUGGAUAGCCCUUAGGCAAGAAAGCGCUUUCCCCCGGAUGUCCCCUGACCAAGAUAAACGUCAAGGUGCUUCCGCUGCUAAUAAAUUGAUAAUAUUUGCUGGAGAUGUAACAAAAUGGUGGCUAGGAGACAGGUCGCCACUAGACUGGGCCGAGUUGAAGAGAAACUUGCAUUUGAUCACCACCGAAAUUAUGCCUGGGUUUGUUCCAAUCCUCGAGAGAAUGGCCGACAAGUCCAAGGGAGUGAUAUUCCCGACGGUAUGGUACUGCUCAAAUGCACAGGUUUUCGGCGCCCAGCACUAUGAGAUCUCUCGAAUGAUCCUGAUCGCGGAGAAUCCUAAUAUAAGCAACGACCCGUAUUGCCGCAUUGCGCAUCGUAAGGUCGAAGCACAGGUUCGAUCGAUAGUGCUCAAAAUUUGUGGAAUCGGGCUAAGUCUCCAAGAGCUCUCGCCUGCAUUGGUUAAUGCCGUGAUUAGCGUCAUACUUUAUGGCGAGUAUUUCACGGACCUAAGGGAACGAGAGGCGUUGGAGGAUAUAAUUGAGAAAACAAAGGCCAUCCAUGCCUGGCCCAUGAGGAAACUACAUCAAGCGCUUAAGGCUAAAUGGGAGUUGAUCGAUAGUGAGGACUACUAA